AUGCACCGCAACGCCUCGCUGCCGCAGCUGAAGACGGGGGUGAGCGGCGCUUCGCUCCCGGCGGCGCCCGCGCCCUGCCCCGCCGCCUCUGCCGACGUGUGCGCGGCAGAGAUGCUGCGGCGCAACCCGUACGAGGGCACCCUGCUGGUGUGCGACUUUGACCGCACGCUGGUGGACUUUGAUGCGGGCGAGCGGCUGUGUGAUGAGCUGGCCCCGGAGCUCACCUCGCUGCUCAGCAGCCUGCAGAUGCCCGCCAACUUUGUGCCCGUCACCAACACCGUGCUGAGCGAGAUGCAGCGGCGCGGCGUGUCCCGCGACCGCCUCGUGUCCUGCCUGCGCGAGAUGGGGCGUGAGGUGCCGCUGGCGGUGCAGCGCAUGCUGCAGUGGUCGGCGCGGCGCGGCAUGGAGACUGUGGUGCUGAGCGAUUGCAACUCCGUGUUCAUCAGCCACAUCCUGACCGGGGCCCGCCUCAACACCCUCGUGCGCCACGUCAUCACCAACCAGGCCUCCUUCCAGCGCGUGGCGCCCCCGCCGCCCGCCUCUGCUGCCGCCGACGACGGCGACGGCGGCGGCGGCGCCGUGGUGGAGCCCGCGGUGCCCGCGGCGGCGGCCCGGCCGCCCCGCGUGCCCUCUGGCUUUGGCUCCGGCUGGCUCUUCCGCUCCUCCUCGGGGUCCGGCCUCAGCUCCAGCACCAGCGCCGGCGCGGGCAAGCCGCCCGCGGCGCCGGCCGUGGCUCAUCGCCUCGUCAUCGAGCCGCGGCACGACCACCGCGCGUGCGGCAGCCACGGCUGCAGCCUGUGCCCCGCCAACCUGUGCAAGGGCGCUGAGCUGGCAGCGCUGCGCGCCUCGGCGCCGCGCGCCCGCCGCGUCGUCUACUGCGGCGACGGCGCCAACGACCUGUGCCCCUGCCUGGGGCUGGGCCCGCAGGACGUGGUACUGGCCCGCGCCGGCCACGACCUGGAGCGCCUGAUCGCGCAGCGCGCGGCGGCGGCGGCGGCCGACCCCGGCGUGCGCCGCGUGGCGGCGGCGGUCCACGUGUGGCACAGCCACGACGAGCUGUACCGCCUGGUGCAGCAGCACGCGACUUGA